AUGCUUGCAGAUCAUGAUAACCCUGGAUCCAAAGACUUGAAUGUGGCUAUCCAUGAAAUGGGACAUGAAUUUAAGAAAGAUGAUCCAAGGGCAAAUACUGAUAUGGCUCUCAAGUAUAUUUAUUAUGCAUUGGCAGCUCAAUUGUUUAUUUUGUCAAAACUUCUUAAAAAAGUUAAAGCUCAAGGAGAGUUUUUAGAGUCAAGAAAGUGGUUGUUAUUACAGCCUUUACCCUCUAAUAUUGAUAUAGAAAAAUUAAUUAACAACAACAUUAAUAAUCAAAAACAAAUACCAAUUAUAUUUGAUGAAACUCAAAAUGCUAUUGAAGUAUAUAAAGAUAAGUUUCAUUCAUCAGAUUAUAACACUAGAAGACCAUUGUAUACAAUUUUACUUUGUUCAAAUUGA